CGGCUUGUUAUGGUGAUGAUUUGGAGAAGGUAAAAAACAAAAUGUUUGCAGCCUUGGAAAAGUGAAGUGGAACGGGUCGUAUUGACCAUGAUCGCAUGUUGAAAAGUCAAGUUCUUGGGGAGUGUGUCUAGAUCUAAAAUUACAAUGAUAGCAUUUCAAGAUUUAUUCAUGUGCUUUGGUGCACUCGCGCCAAGCUUUUACCUAUCUGUCUAAAGCUUACGACGCGACAAGAUUCAAGAAUUGACUCAUCUUGCUGGCAAGAGACAAGUUGAAAAUUACAGUAUUGCCGACGUGUCUAGUAUCCGCAGGAUCGUGAUUGCGAUGCACGAUACCGUCACAUCAUCGACAAAUACUGUCUACACAGCAACAGUGAAUACGAUUGAUAAGAAAAGAUCAUGCAAAAAACUGAAGCCACAUUUCUCGACCAUCACCACACCUGGCUACUACUCAAAUGUGCCCAACUACAACAGAUUAUAGCGUCAAAGUCUUGUCGAGUUCAUAAAUUAUUAUUUAAAAUAAGCGUCAUCAUUUUAAAUACCAUGUGUCGGUGUCUUCAAAGGGAGAUGAGUCUGAUGCGUUCGAGUAAUCUUCAACGAUGUUUCUUUGAAGGCUGAAGCUUAAAGAAUUGACUUUUCUUCUCCUAUUCUUGUCCCAUUUCUACUUGCUGCUCCUUCCGAACAUGGCGCAGAAUUAAUCGACAGAAUUAUAAUUGAGUACUUCUACGAGUUGCACGAUGUCGGGCUUGAAGUCUGAAGCUUGGAAAAAUGCUCAGAACUGCUAAAGACGAUGUCGAUAGGACGAAAUUGUGCAGACGUCUUUUCUAGCAUAGCCUUUGACAUUAGGGAAAUGGUGCAAUUUAUAUUUCUAAGAUUGACUUAGGAGACAAGAAACAUGUCUCCUAAGUCAAUCAAGUCCAUCAUUG